CUCAACUCGGUCACACGCUGAAAUUUAUCAGCGGACAACCCACGAGCGCAACCUUCUUUCCUACAACAACCACCUCCAAGUCAUACACCUCACUUUUCAAUGGGUCAACUGGACUGGUUUUGGCGUAGCCUGACAAGGCCCGAACGAUAUUUAUUUCCUGACACUUAUGCCUAGGUUAUAAUUACCAAGACGGAGACACAUAGAAAGCGAAGUAUACCUAGUUAUACCUAGUAUCUGUGUUCACUUCAUAUCCAUAUACUUCGGACAAUAUUCCUCUAUCAAUUCGCCAGCCUUACUUCCCGACAAAUGUCGAGCGACUGCGGUUCACAAUCUAGUCCUAGUUUCGAUUCCGAUUCAACCUGUUCAACCGUAUCUGGAGCUUCACCUUACUCCUUCGGUAUGGAGCCUAAGACUUUGGCCUUUACGGCCAUUGCCGUCGCAUGUACCCCGUUCGCGAUAUUAAUCGGAUGGAACUACCUACUCCCAUUCUUCUUCCGAAUCUUCUCUCGCACGAUUGGAAAAUUCUGCGGCUUCUGUCUACGAUCAGGUUCCGAAGGUCGUCGUUCCUUAAUUAUACGUGCAACUGCCGAAAACGAGGCCAAAUUCAAAGAGACCCAAGCUCAAGGAAAAGAUAGUAAUGCUAGCAGCGAUGAUGAGGGCUGGGAGAAUAUUGAAGCUUCCAUUGUAGGAACUUCUGGUAACGGAGAGAAAGGUAGUCGCGAUUGGGAUGGCAUUAUUGGCUUCUUCCACCCCUUCUGUAAUGCUGGAGGUGGAGGUGAGCGUGUCCUAUGGGCUGCUAUUCGAGCCACCCAAAGAAGAUGGCCCAACGCCAAGAUCGUCGUUUAUACAGGUGAUCAUGAUGUCUCCAAAGAGAAUAUGCUCUCUCGCGUCAAGAAUACAUUCAGUAUCGAUAUUCACCCUCCCACGAUCCAUUUUCUCUACCUAUCCACUCGAUCAUGGGUUCUCUCUUCCACAUGGCCGCAUAUGACCCUAUUAGGACAAUCACUUGGUUCUUUACUUAUGGGAUUGGAUGCUUUCUCUCUCAUAGUACCCGAUAUCUUUGUCGACACUAUGGGUUACGCAUUCGUUCUAGGGUUAAGCAAGAUCCUUUUCCCAGAUAUGCCGACUGCUGCCUAUGUCCACUAUCCUACCAUCUCUACCGAUAUGCUUGAUUCUCUCGAUCCUACGACCGCCGUUGGAAGUCAGGGUGUCAAUGCUGGAAAAGGGGUUGGUCUUAAGGGUGCUAUCAAGAAACACUACUGGAGACUGUUCGCCGCUAUUUACUCCUGGAUGGGUGCUUCGGUCGAUGUCGUCAUGACGAAUUCCACCUGGACACAAGCUCACAUCAAGUCUAUAUGGGGACCACGUCGAAAGCAAAGGGGUCGAGAACAUCCCAUUGCUGUUGUAUAUCCACCCUGUGCCGUGAAUGAGAUUGAAAAGGCAAUCGAGAUUUCCGAAGAAAGUGAAAAGAGACGUCAGAAGUACUUGGUCUACAUCGCCCAAUUUCGACCCGAGAAGAACCACCAACUUAUCAUCCAAUCGUUCGCAGAAUUUGUCAAGACUGGUACUGACUCGGCAAAAGAGGCUAAAUUGGUCCUCCUCGGUAGUGUUAGGGAUGACAACGAUUCGAGGCGAGUGUACAAGCUUCGUUUACUGGUUAACGAACUUCACAUCAAGGACCAAGUAAUAUUUCAACUCGAUGCGCCGUGGUCUGAGAUUCUCCAAUGGCUUGGCAAAGCAUUCGUGGGAGUGAAUGGCAUGUGGAAUGAGCACUUCGGAAUUGGUGUGGUUGAGUAUCUUGCGGCUGGUUUGAUAUCUGUCGUACACAACAGUGGAGGACCUAAGCUAGACAUCGUCACUGAUGUUGACGGCGAACCCACAGGUUUCCAUGCUUCGACCACAUCAGAAUUCGCUGAAGGCUUUGAGAAAGCACUUUCACAUCCCGACCCACUCUCAGUCCGACGCAGAGCUCGUCUCUCCUCCAAGCGAUUUACUGAAGAGGAAUUCGCUAGGAAGUGGCUUACUGAGUUGGAAAAGCUCGUUGCCAUGAAAUUGUAAAUACAUCAAUACACCAACCCAGUUUUCCCCCUUACUCAACUCCUCUCCUACUCCUACUCCCUAUUACAGCAAGUACGACUACAUCCACACUAGAUAGAUAUAGACUCUUCCGAUACCCCCAGGAUUGCGCGGCAGGAGGCGGACUCGGAGUUUGUUUUGCGUUUUGCUUUUACGAUGCUUUCUAUCUCGUAUUGACUUGUAUUUCCCGUUGCCUUGCGCGAAAAGGCGGACAAACGACGCCAUGCAUGAGAUAUGGUCCUACAAGAUAUCCAUAUCUAGGUACACACGAGCUCGUAGAGUUAUGAAUAAAAGUAUUUUUCCUGAUGAA